AUGGCAAAGGAAAUGAUGAAAGAUCAGGUGCCUCUUAGCAAUUGGCUGGUUCGUAUAAACCCUGAACUUGGAUUGGACUCGCAGGGAGGGACGAGAACCCUCAGAGUCCGCUACAGCCAUAAGCCAUAUGAGGUCACCACGGAAAUGCAGCUACACCCGACAGUUGCUCCACCCAAGCAAGAGGUUCCUCUGCUUCCAAUCUGGAGCACUAGGACUGCUACUCUGGUCAGGCACAGCUUCCGACCGGGAGAGUCUCCUUCAGGGGGUGAUCAGUCCCCUCUUCUGCCCACUGGGGCAGGACCUGACUGGGGUUGGCCCCAGGGCCUUACCUUGUCUGGAUGCCUUUCUGGUGAGUUGGUCCAUCUCUCCACUGAGUCUGGUCAGGGUUCAGUCACCCAGGAGUCAGGAAUGCGGCUUACGAAGGAGGACCCGGAAUACCAUCGGGUGGCGCACUGCCUCAUUCAGUUUGAGGCUCCCCAGCUCCCGGGCGGCCUUACCUCUGUUCCGGUGGCUCAAGGGGCCAGAACGGUUGGAAUCUCGCUGGGGACUCCAGAAAUGUUACGGCAGAUACCUAGCAGCCCUGCGCUGCAGCGUAUCAGCUCUGGCGACAGCCCGUGCGCUGCAGUGUUCCAGCUCCAGCAGCUUUGCGGCUGCACUGUCCUCUCAGACCGUAAGGACUGGGGGACUGUGAUCAGCAGACGUGCUAGGAGGAUCACAGGCUGCCACCCUGGGGGACGCCCCGGGAGGUGGGGAGAGCCAGGGACGCCUGGUGGUCUCCUUCCGUCGGUCAGAGGACCGAGUUCUGUUGUUGAAGCGAAAGCUUCCCCCUCCGCGGCCGUCCGACUCUUUUGCCUGCCUGUGGAAGACGCGGACGGUUUUAAUAUGGGACAGACGGUGAUGACCCCUCUUAGUUUGACUCUUGACCAUUGGACUGAAGUUAAAUCCAGGGCUCAUAAUUUGUCAGUUCAGGUUAAGAAGGGACCUUGGCAGACUUUCUGUGUCUCUGAAUGGCCGACAUUCGAUGUUGGAUGGCCAUCAGAGGGGACCUUUAAUUCUGAGAUUAUCCUGGCUGUUAAAGCAAUUAUUUUUCAGACUGGACCCGGCUCUCAUCCCGAUCAGGAGCCCUAUAUCCUUACGUGGCAAGAUUUGGCAGAGGAUCCUCCGCCAUGGGUUAAACCAUGGCUGAAUAAGCCAAGAAAGCCAGGUCCCCGAAUUCUGGCUCUUGGAGAGAAAAACAAACACUCGGCUGAAAAAGUCAAGCCCUCUCCUCAUAUCUACCCCGAGAUUGAGGAGCCGCCGGCUUGGCCGGAACCCCAAUCUGUUCCCCCACCCCCUUAUCCGGCACAGGGUGCUGCGAGGGGACCCUCUGCCCCUCCUGGAGCUCCGGCGGUGGAGGGACCUGCUGCAGGGACUCGGAGCUGGAGGGGCGCCACCCCGGAGCGGACAGACGAGAUCGCGACAUUACCGCUGCGCACGUACGGCCCUCCCAUACCGGGGGGCCAAUUGCAGCCCCUCCAGUAUUGGCCCUUUUCUUCUGCAGAUCUCUAUAAUUGGAAAACUAACCACCCCCCUUUCUCGGAGGAUCCCCAACGCCUCACGGGGUUGGCUAGAAAAAAUGUUCCUGGGGCCGACGGGCGACCCACGCAGUUGCAAAAUGAGAUUGACAUGGGAUUUCCCUUGACUCGCCCCGGUUGGGACUACAACACGGCUGAAGGUAGGGAGAGCUUGAAAAUCUAUCGCCAGGCUCUGGUGGCGGGUCUCCAGGGCGCCUCAAGACGGCCCACUAACUUGGCUAAGGUAAGAGAGGUGAUGCAGGGACCGAAUGAACCUCCCUCAGUUUUUCUUGAGAGGCUCAUGGAAGCCUUCAGGCGGUUCACCCCUUUUGAUCCUACCUCGGAGGCCCAGAAAGCCUCAGUGGCCCUGGCCUUCAUAGGACAGUCAGCCCUGGAUAUCGGAAAGAAGCUUCAGAGACUGGAAGGGUUACAGGAGGCUGAGUUACGUGAUCUAGUGAAGGAGGCAGAGAAAGGAAGACGGGGUUCGGACCCCCUCCCCGAGCCCAGGGUAACUUUAAAGGUGGAGGGGCAACCAGUUGAGUUUCUGGUUGAUACCGGAGCGAAACAUUCAGUGCUACUACAGCCAUUAGGAAAACUAAAAGAUAAAAAAUCCUGGGUGAUGGGUGCCACAGGGCAACAACAGUAUCCAUGGACUACCCGAAGAACAGUUGACUUAGGAGUGGGACGGGUAACCCACUCGUUUCUGGUCAUACCUGAGUGCCCAGCACCCCUCUUAGGUAGAGACUUACUGACCAAGAUGGGAGCACAAAUUUCUUUUGAACAAGGGAAACCAGAAGUGUCUGCAAAUAACAAACCUAUCACUGUGUUGACCCUCCAAUUAGAUGACGAAUAUCGACUAUAUUCUCCCCUAGUAAAGCCUGAUCAAAAUAUACAAUUCUGGUUGGAACAGUUUCCCCAAGCCUGGGCAGAAACCGCAGGGAUGGGUUUGGCAAAGCAAGUUCCCCCACAGGUUAUUCAACUGAAGGCCAGUGCUACACCAGUGUCAGUCAGACAGUACCCCUUGAGUAAAGAAGCUCGAGAAGGAAUUCGGCCGCAUGUUCAAAGAUUAAUCCAACAGGGCAUCCUAGUUCCUGUCCAAUCUCCCUGGAAUACUCCCCUGCUACCGGUUAGAAAGCCUGGGACUAAUGACUAUCGACCAGUACAGGACUUGAGAGAGGUCAAACGGGUGCAGGAUAUACACCCAACAGUCCCGAACCCUUAUAACCUCUUGUGUGCUCUCCCACCCCAACGGAGCUGGUAUACAGUAUUGGACUUAAAGGAUGCCUUCUUCUGCCUGAGACUACAUCCCACUAGCCAACCACUUUUUGCCUUCGAAUGGAGAGAUCCAGGUGCGGGAAGAACCAGGCAGCUCACUUGGACCCGACUGCCCCAAGGGUUCAAAAACUCCCCGACCAUCUUUGAUGAAGCCCUACACAGAGACCUGGCCAACUUCAGGAUCCAACACCCCCAGGUGACCCUCCUCCAGUACGUGGAUGACCUGCUUCUGGCGGGAGCCACCAAACAGGACUGCUUAGAAGGUACGAAGGCACUACUGCUGGAAUUGUCUGACCUAGGCUACAGAGCCUCCGCUAAGAAGGCCCAGAUUUGCAGGAGAGAGGUAACAUACUUGGGGUACAGUUUGCGGGGCGGGCAGCGAUGGCUGACGGAGGCACGGAAGAGAACUGUAGUCCAGAUACCGGCCCCAACCACAGCCAAACAAGUGAGAGAGUUUUUGGGGACAGCUGGAUUUUGCAGACUGUGGAUCCCGGGGUUUGCGACCUUAGCAGCCCCACUCUACCCACUAACCAAAGAAAAAAGGGAAUUCUCCUGGGCUCCUGAGCACCAGAAGGCAUUUGAUGCUAUCAAAAAGGCCCUGCUGAGCGCACCUGCUCUGGCCCUCCCUGACGUGACUAAACCCUUUACCCUUUAUGUGGAUGAGCGUAAGGGAGUAGCCCGGGGAGUUUUAACCCAAACCCUAGGACCAUGGAGGAGACCUGUUGCCUACCUGUCAAAGAAGCUCGAUCCUGUAGCCAGUGGUUGGCCCGUAUGCCUGAAGGCUAUCGCAGCUGUGGCCAUACUGGUCAAGGACGCUGACAAAUUGACUUUGGGACAGAAUAUAACUGUAAUAGCCCCCCAUGCGUUGGAGAACAUCGUUCGGCAGCCCCCAGACCGAUGGAUGACCAACGCCCGCAUGACCCACUAUCAAAGCCUGCUUCUCACAGAGAGGGUCACGUUCGCUCCACCAGCCGCUCUCAACCCUGCCACUCUUCUGCCUGAAGAGACUGAUGAACCAGUGACUCAUGAUUGCCAUCAACUAUUGAUUGAGGAGACUGGGGUCCGCAAGGACCUUACAGACAUACCGCUGACUGGAGAAGUGCUAACCUGGUUCACUGACGGAAGCAGCUAUGUGGUGGAAGGUAAGAGGAUGGCUGGGGCGGCGGUGGUGGACGGGACCCACACGAUCUGGGCCAGCAGCCUGCCGGAAGGAACUUCAGCACAAAAGGCUGAGCUCAUGGCCCUCACGCAAGCUUUGUGGCUGGCCGAAGGGAAAUCCAUAAACAUUUAUACAGACAGCAGGUAUGCCUUUGCGACUGCACACGUACACGGGGCCAUCUAUAAGCAAAGGGUGUUGCUUACCUCAGCAGGGAGGGAAAUAAAGAACAAAGAGGAAAUUCUAAGCCUAUUAGAAGCCUUACAUUUGCCAAAAAGGCUAGCUAUUAUACACUGUCCUGGACAUCAGAAAGCCAAAGAUCCCAUAUCCAGAGGGAACCAGAUGGCUGACCGGGUUGCCAAGCAGGCAGCCCAGGGUGUUAACCUUCUGCCUAUAAUAGAAACACCCAAAGCCCCAGAACCCGGACGACCGUACACCCUAGAAGACUGGCAAGAGAUAAAAAAGAUAGACCAGUUCUCUGAAACUCCGGAGGGGACCUGCUAUACCUCAGAUGGGAAGGAAAUCCUGCCCCACAAAGAAGGGUUAGAAUAUGUCCAACAGAUACAUCGUCUAACCCACCUAGGAACUAAACACCUGCAGCACUUGGUCAGAACAUCCCCUUAUCAUGUUCUGAGGCUACCAGGAGUGGCUGACUCAGUGGUCAAACAUUGUGUGCCCUGCCAGCUGGUUAAUGCUAAUCCUUCCAGAAUACCUCCAGGAAAGAGACUAAGGGGGAGCCACCCAGGCGCUUACUGGGAAGUGGACUUCACUGAGGUAAAGCCAGCUAAAUACGGAAACAAAUACCUAUUGGUUUUUGUAGACACCUUUUCAGGAUGGGUAGAGGCUUAUCCUACUAAGAAAGAGACUUCAACCGUGGUGGCUAAGAAAAUACUGGAGGAAGUUUUUCCAAGAUUUGGAAUACCUAAGGUAAUAGGGUCAGACAAUGGUCCAGCUUUCGUUGCCCAGGCUCAAGGCGCUCGAGUGGGUGAGGCAGCGAGCGUGGAAGCAGCUCCGGGAGGCCUACUCAGGAGGAGACUUGCAAGUUCCACAUCGCUUCCAAGUUGGAGAUUCAGUCUAUGUUAG